UUAAGUGAAAGAAAUGGGGCGUCACACGUGACGUCAAGGUCCCGCUUUUUACGAAUUGUGACGAACUUGUGAUUACGCGCGCUGUUCAAGCAAGUUUACUGUAGAGAACAGGAUGGAAGAAAUAGCCUCAGAAUUCCUGCGCUUUCUUAGCUCUCGUCAGGUUGAGUUUCUGAAAGGUUCUUUGGAACCUGGGGUGUAUGAGACUGGUGUGCAGGUGAGAACAACUGAGAACAGUAAUCCUUUACAUAACUUUUGGAGCAGCAGCAAACCCAGAUUCAUCAUGGAGAAAUUUAUACCCAAAUUUGAAGAGAAUGAUGAGACAACAGAGGAACUGUACACUAAUGAGUCUAAGGUUCACUUGGAAGAAAAUGUUGGACCUAUGGGCCUAUCAAUUAUGAAAGCAAGGCAGUUGCUGUCCUGGUACAUUUUAUCACAGAACCCUAAUGUACUCAGACCUGAGGGAGAUGCAUUUUCUGUGGCACUUUUUCCUCUGUGGCUGCGAUGUGAUGGCUGUGACCUGGAGGGCAUACAUUGGUUGGGAGCUGAAAUUGCCUGGGCUGGUGUCAAAGCCAUUGGUGUAAACAUAUAUACUGUGAAAUGCAAAGGCCCAGCCACGGGAAAGGCAUCAUUUCCUGUUCUAGAAGAGCUGAAGCAACAGCACAAAAUCAGGCAUCACUCAUCUGCUGUGACUGCGAAGGGGUAUGCUCAGUAUGAUCUUUUUGGCUCUGCAGUUGUGGAAAAUACCAUUAUUGAAUCCCAAAGCAAUGUGUAUGUGGAUUUCUCCUGGAACAAUGUGGAAAGCAUCUUGCAGCCACCUCCCCUAACUGCAACAGCCACCUUGAAAAUCAAAGUAGGAUCUGGAGACCCCCGGAGUCCAGUCUGUCAGCUGUACAGGGAGUUGGAGUUCUUAGUGGUUUUGGCUGACGGUUUGAGAACAGGAGUGACUGACUGGCCAGAACCAUUGGAGAGCAAGACUGCACUACAACUUGUUCAAGCAUUAAUUGAUGACUUGAAGCACAAACUGGAUAAUUUCCAGAAUUCACCUGUAAAGGAGACAGAGAACCCAAAGGAAAGUGCAGCUAAUGACGAAGGAUCUAUUCACACCGGUUUUGUUGCUGAGCGAUGUGACCUUGAUUUUGCCGAGCAGCUAUGGUGUCGUAUGUGGAAGAGUGUUUCAUCCUACCAUAAUGUGCAGGAAUGUCUGUCUCUGGUGAUCCAGGCCUUGAAGACUGGUAGCAUUCAGCCAUGGAUCCACCGAGGAAGUAACAGUACUCUGAGCAGGCUAGUUCAACAAUCGUAUGAUGGAAGCAUGGACAGUGUAACACUCAGUGGGCUGGUUCCCAUCCGCAUGCUGUUGGAGCUUGGACUUGACAAAAUGAGGAAGGAUUACAUCAGUUACUUCUUAGGUCAGGAGCUAGCAACAUUUAACUAUCUGGAUUACUUCCUGUGCAAUUCUGUUGAUUUGCAAGAGCAAGUCCAUCGACUGAAGAAACUUCACCACAUGCUUGAGAUAGUUGUCAACUGUAGUGCUUUUCUCAGCCUGGAGCAUGAACACCUCUUCCCUCUAAUGCAGUCUCUCUUACAGUUUUAUGAAAAGAACCCUCAUGAUGAAGAGCACAUAUUCAGCCUGCCUAUUAGACCCUCAUUCAUCAGCAGUUUCUACCAGAAUGCACCCCCACAAAUGUGGCGUGUGGAACUGGUCAGUGGUCAUGGACAAAAAGAGGUAAAGACUAUUUUUCAGCUCAGUACAAAGUCUGCUGUGGACCACAUGGCCUUUGAUGAGUCAGAGUUGCAUCUCAAGAGCAUGGCCAAUGAAGAAGGUGAAGAGACAUUCUAUUUCACCAGCAUCAUCGAGUGCAGCCAGGUGCACUUUGUUUAAAUUAGUAUCAUCCUUAGUCUGGUUUAAUGGGG